UUCAACUGUAAAAAUAAGCAUAGAAAGAAUUUACGGAGGAUGAGUCACGUCCAGAUACAGAUGAGCUUUGAGGAUUGAAACAAGAUGCAGGAGUGUCCAGUCAGAGUAGCCGUCAGGGUGCGCCCUCUGUUGGCUCAGGAGCGUCUUCAUCACCAUGAGCUAUGUGUGAAGGUCAACUCUAAGGCAAACCAGAUUGUAGUCGGGAAGGACAGGGCGUUCACCUUUGAUCAUGUGAUGUCAUCAAAGACAUCUCAGGAAGCAAUCUACCAAACUUGUGUUGACAACCUCAUCACCAGUUUCUUUGAGGGUUACAAUGCAACAGUGUUUGCUUAUGGUCAAACGGGGUCUGGUAAAACCUUCACGAUUGGUGGAGCUGAUGUGAUCAACAUUCCAGAGAAUGAACAAGGCAUCAUACCCAGGGCAAUAGGUCACAUCUUUGAGAACAUUCAGAACAACCACAAUCGAGAUUUCACGAUCCAUGUGUCCUACAUCGAGGUUUAUAAAGAAGAUUUAAGAGACCUGCUGGAUAUGGAGACUAGCAGUAAAGAUAUGCACAUCAGAGAAGAUGAUCAGGGAAAUACAGUAAUCCUAGGCACGUCUGAGAUCCCCUGUAGCUGUAUGGAUGAUGUCCUGCGGUGCUUAGAGAUAGGCUCCACCCACAGACACACAGGAGCUACCAACAUGAACGAACAUUCCAGCCGAUCACAUUCCAUCUUUACUAUUCUCAUGGACCAACGAUGGAAAGCAAGCGCUAACUCUCCCUCAUCGUCCCCUGUCAUCUCGCCCCGUGGAGAAGACGAGCUCUCAGACGAGGACGACGGUCAGGACUAUCACUUCAUGUCCGCUAAGUUUCACUUUGUUGAUCUGGCUGGGUCGGAGAGGGCUCAUCGGACUGGCAAUGCAGGCGAGAGGUUCAAAGAAUCUGUGUAUAUCAACAGCGGUCUGCUGUCGCUAGGCAACGUGAUUAGUGCCCUCAGUGACCCGAAGAGGAAAGCGACGCACAUUCCGUACCGUGAUUCUAAGAUCACUCGCCUCCUGAAAGACUCUCUGGGUGGGAACGCUAAGACCUGCAUGAUCACCUGCAUCAGUCCUUCUGCAGUUAACUUUGAUGAGACAUUGAACUCCUUGAAGUAUGCAAACAGGGCUCGCAACAUCAAGAACAAACCUAUCGUGAACAAAGACAAGCAGGCCACUCGUAUAGCUGAGAUGCAAACAGAGAUUCAAGCAUUGAGAGAUGAACUACAACGACAUAGACUUACUACAGCUAAUACUGAAGUGGGACCGGAUACAUUGCGAGUGCAGGAUCUAGAAGAGCAGAUCACAAGAUUAAGAAAUGAACUGUCUCACUUCCGCGUGUGCACGGACGAGGCGUCCAAGAUCUUUGCCGCCUUCCAGGACAGCGAUCGUCUGACCAAGGCUCAACGGACAGCGGUCAAUAACUGGAUGGACUUAGCCAGUGAGAUGAAAGAUGCAGUCAGGUCAGCCACGCCCCUCGACCCCGCCCGGUAUGGACCGGUGGAAGGCCAAGAAAAGACUUUGGAGCUGGAGAGUAAGCUUAAGCAGGCGUUGGGUGAUCUUGCGAGCGAUGAGCAGAUAUUUGCAGACAAGAGAAGAGAGAAUGAAGAUCUACUUGCCAGACUCCAAGAUAUGGAAUCGGAAAGAGACCGUUGCUCCAAUGAGCUGGAGAGGGCGCUUGAUAACAUACGUCGUCUAGAGGGUGCUCUUGUUGAACAGCAGACCAAGAUCACAGAGCAGCAGUCUCAGCUAGGCCAUGGGACUGGUGGUGGAGGUGCAUUUGAGCUGCCCCUGUCUGCAGGUAGGAGAGCUAUGUCAGUACCUCCUCAUGCAAUGAGGACCAAGUCUGCUUCAGGAAGUAACACAGCCAGGGACAGAAGACCAGAGGCGAGGAGACUGCAUACCAGCCCGCCCUUGUUCUCGCUGGAGAGGAUUGUUCAGGGUUUCCGAGCCAGGAGCCAGCUCCUCAUCCGUCAUCUUGAAGAUAAUGACGCAGUCCUACAGGAGAGCCUUACCGAUAGCAGUGGUCCCGAGGACUCAGAUACAGAGACAAAAGCUUUAGGUCAGACAUGGAGUAAAGAAGAGAGAGGAGGAUCAUCAUCAGCCAGACAGAGAAGGAGAACCCAAAUCAAGAACAACAAAGUUGCUAAUGGGACCCUCACCAAGUCAAGGGCAGGUCAGGACACGCCCUCUGAAGCUGUUGACCUGAGGUCAAGUGUCGAGGCGGGUCAUGAGCGUGUGAGGGCCUCCCAACGUAACAUGCAGGAGUCGCAUCACAAGCUACGGGAUCUUAACCUCAACAUCAAACUGAAAGAAGAGCUGAUCCGUGAGUUGGCAAAGACCAGCAAGGAAUCUGAGGCAGCUAACAAGAAAUACUCAAACAAAAUCAAACUGUUAGAAAAGGAUGCCCAGAAAGCGAGGCAAGAAUUGAUGGAAGCCAAGAGGCACCUCCAUGGCCUUGGGUCAAAGGGUGAGAUGGAAUCAAAGGAGAAGAACAAGCUAGAAGACGAAUAUCAGAAGAAGAUGGAGAAAGCUCAUUCAAAGGUCAAAGAACUUAUGAAGAAACAACAGGAGUCUGAGAGAGUACUGAAGAUGCAGACCCAGAGAGAGAAGAAGAUUGAAGACCUUGAGAUUGCUGUAGGUCGGAUGAAACAACACCAGGAGUUACAACAGGCACGGCUUAGAGAAGAGGGGGAUCGCAAACUAAAACUUGAGAGAGAUCUACAGAGGGAUCAGCAGAGGAUUAAGGAGCUGGAGAUUAAGAACGAUCAGCAACAGAAGAUACUCAAAAGGAAAACAGAAGAGGUCGCUGCUGCCCAGAGGAAGUUACGUGUUGGCAGCGCUCAUGCACCGGACCAUGACAAGGUGGAGGAGCAGCGAAAGUGGCUGGAUACAGAGGUUGAGAAGAUCCUACAGAGGAAGAAGAAGAUGAAAGACCUAGAAGAGGAGCUGAAGAAACGUGAAGUCAAUCUUGCCAAGAAAGAGUCAAUGUUACGGGAGAUGGGAGAGCUAGAGAUGAGGAAGCUAAGAUCCAGCCAGUCAAUAUCAAGGGAUAUGACGGGUCUUGCGUCAAAGCUGGAAUCAGUGGAGAGAGAGAUUGAGGAGAAAAAUAACACCCUGAGAGUGAGUCUGGACGCCCAGAAACCAGUCAUAGGCAGAGAGGUACAGGCACUCAGGGAGGAAAGAGAGCGCCUUCUUCACCAGAGGAUCCAUCUUGAUGAGAAGCUUCAGCAGGGAACACUGCUCUCAGCCACUGAGGAGAGAAGGUUGAUAGAGUUAGAUGAAGGAGUAGAAGCACUGGAAGCAGCCAUUGAGUAUAAGAACGAUGUCAUAUCAACCAAGAAAAAAGAUUUACGAAGGAACGAUCUCACACAGAGUGAAGCAAUGUUAAUGAGUCGUCUGAACAGUCUUGCCCCGUUGGAGACCAAGAGCCUUCUUGCCAAGUACUUUGAAAAGGUCAUUGACCUUAGAGAGGGAGACAGGAGAAAGGAGCUAGAGAUCAGCGAAUUGGAGGUGAAGCUGGAUGAGCAGGAGAGGGUGAUCCGAACAUUGGAGGGCUCCCUCAGGAGUGCCGGGAUGGAGAGUGAACACAGAUUGGUGGAACAACAGAAGGAUUAUGAGAGGAAGGUCCAGAUGCUGAUGAGAGAGCUACAGGGAGAAGGAGGAGGAGGAGAUGGAGGGUCUGCUCUGGAACACAAGCUAAAGGAGCUGGAGAAGGAUCUAUUCUAUUACAAGAAGACAAGCAGAGAUCUGAAGAAGAAGCUCAGAGAGUUUGUGCAGGCCAGUACUAGCUCGAGCAACGGUCAUGAGGAGGUCAGGGGACAUGGGAGUGCUCAUGGGUUACCAGCACAGGGUGGAGAUGCUGUACCCAGGGAGGCGACGCCCGUAAGGAAGUCACGGAGAGAGGUCCGAGAGCUGAGCGAUGCUGAAGUAUCCCUUAGGAAGUCAUCCGCAAGUCAGAGGUCAUCUAUCGUUGCUGAUUCCAUCGAGAGUGUGACAAGUCGUGGAAACAACCCCUGGAAUUAGUUGUGCCUUUCUACAAUGCCCGGUUUCACCAAAAUAUCUGGUGCACAAGUGAGGAAGUAUGUAUAGUGUAUUCGACAUGCAAACAGAUCCAAUAGAAAAUCAAGUGUCUUUCUUGUUUAUGCACAGACUGCUCUUUAUUAAAUCUUUAAAGUUUUUCUUCAAAUGCUCUUACAUUGCCUACCUGUGUGUAAAUGUUCCUAAUGUUCUCGUGUAAAGAACCCCUGGUCAGCAUCAUAGCCAGAUGCAGUGUCUUGCAGGCCCUGGUUUCACAGAAACACUGGACAAAAUAUGUGCCUGGAUUGAACGUGUGUGCAAACAGCUCAUGGUCAUGCACAUUAAAUUGUACUCCUGUUUUCACAAGAUCUUAAGUAUCGUAAAUGUGCACUAACAAUGUAGGUACUAAAAGUACCUUUGUUUUGAAGAAGUUCAACAUGUACAGAUCACUUGGGAGAUAGCUCUUGUACAGAUGACCCCCAAAUAUCCACAGAUCUUUUAAACAUGGAGACGUCCCACUUUGUGUAUUUUAGAAAAAAAUGGGUGCCAAAGUGAUGGAGGAGCUUUAUGAAGACCUGUAAAAAUGAAUACUUCCAUCUGUCUAUCAUAGAAUAUACCCUUAGUGCAUAAAUGAAUAAUGAUUACAUAACAUUCAUGAAUAUGCACUCAGCAUUUGUCUCAAUGGGUAUUGCUGAUUUGUACAAACGACCUUUGAUAUGCCCAUGCAUAGUGUUCCUCCGAGUGGCUUAUUGUACUAGUGUUUGUGUGUUUUUGUGUGUGUCAUUGCAGUACUGUUCAUUUUAAAAUGUUUUCACCUCUAGACCAUCAGAUCACCUUGCUACAUGUAGACAAUUUAUGCUAAUAUAUUCAAAUUUUAUGGUAAUCAAUUAUGAUGUAUUAUAAUUGCAUGUGUAAGUAUGAUUCUGUUUUAUCAGUUACUAUUUGUUUCAUUUUUACUGCAAAGCACAUGUAAUCACAUUGAUAUGAAUUAUACACAACUGAGUGUGAUUUGAUAGCAUUAAUAUAUUAGGGACCAAUAUAAAAUACCCUUGAAAUGUUAUGAGUGAAAAAUCUCUAUUGUAGGUUCAUGAUGUACAUGUAUCUCACUUGAUACAGUGUGCCUAAUUUUUGUUUGAUAUUUUAUAAAGUUUUAUGUUGAUAACUUUUAAAUAUAUCCCAAUAUUAUGAAAUAGAUAUGCAUGCAAACAGUAUUAUCCUAAUGCAUACAACCAUGAAUAAGUCGGUAGGUUAUUUCAACUUACAAUAAAAUAUUGCAAGACUUGUUAAUGUAUUCUAUGCACUCACCUAAAGGCAUUUUAGUUUACAAUGACGAAGUUGCAAACUUGGCAUCCACAAACAUGUUUCUUGUAAGAUGUUGCAAACUUUGGGGAAAAGGCAUUUUUUCAGACUUGUGUUUUCAAUUCAACUUUGUAAACAAAGUUACAUUCAAAUAUCUUUCUCUUUGUUAGGGAUGUACUAACUUUUGUUGGAAACUUUGUCAAAAGGCAUUAAUACCAGUUUCCCAAGCAAGCUAUACUUGCUAAGUACUGUACAUACACCAUUCUAUAAGUGCAAUCUAAUUCUUGAAAUAUUCCAUGUUUUGUUAGUCUAACCUUUUUAUGUUCAAACAAAUCUGCACUGUGUUCUUACUUUUAUUAGUAUUUUAUAAUUUGCCAUGUAAAAACAAAAACAGUGUGUUGUUGCUUCAUGUACAUUGCAUUUAUUUGUAUUCCAUUUGUUUUUAUGAUUGUACAGACAUAGAUUUGGUUUUGUAAUGAGUUGUGUUUGAUUACAGUGUAUUUUUAUUUGAAAGAGUGCUAUAUAAAUCCAUCCAGUUUACAUGCUAAGUUGUAAAAUACAUAUGGAUCAUACAUUAAUUAGAAGUUAAAUAUAUGGAUGAUUAUUACUUUCAUAGACUUAUUUAAACAUUCCAAUGCAAAGAUAUAAUUUUUUCAAUUUUGUUUUAGAUGUAAAUAUAUGAGAUUCAUAUAUGUAUUGUAUGACCACUGAAAACAAGUACCUAUCUAGCGAAUGCACAACUAAUAGCUUACAGAUAUUUUAAUAUAUUACAGAACAGUUACUACUUUUAUAGUUUUUUUAAGCAGCAAAGAAAUUACCAAGCAAACAUCUAGAAUACAAAAAUACAGAAGAUUUGAAGGGAGUCAUAUAAAUGUGAGGAAAAGAAAGCAAUUUACAAAAUAAAAAACAACUUCUUUUCCAAUACUUUCAAAGUUAUGAAAUUGAUGGGUAGACCUACAUGCAUCAGAUAUCUUUAUUUUGAAGAAUCUAUCAUUUUAAACUUUGUGUAUUUAAUAUAUAAAUUCAACAAUACAUUGGAAGAUCUACAUGUAACCUUAUGGCCAUAUAUUACUCAAUAUUGAACAAUUACCAUUUCCUAUUAAUUCUUUGCAGGUAUUAAUGAUUAUUUGAAAUGGAAUUUCUUUCAAGCAAUUGCCUAAUUUCAAGCCCUGUUCUUUGUUCAUUUCAGGGUUUUUCAGGCUUUAUUAUUGUUCAUAAUAUACGAGGUACUAAUUGUUGGGUUUUCAUCACAUGCUAAAUGUGGAACGAAAGGGUUUAUUAUUUCUGAACAUUUUGAUGAUAAAGAUGGAUUCCAGAACAGGUUCUAAAUAAUAAAUGAUACUUGUUUGUUACACAUUUAGCUUUAUGAUGAACCCACAAUAAAUACCUUUUGUAUCAUUUAGUAUUCUAUGACAUUUUAAUGAUGGUUUAGGAGAAUACUUUAUUUUACAUAAUAUAAUGUAUUACUAUUAUUCAAAGGCCAGUAUUAUAAUUAAUCUUUGAAACCCGGCAUUUAAGCUGUCAUGUUUUACAAAGAAAAACUUGGACCUCUGUAAAACUUCCCUGGUUUAAAUGAUAGUUGUCAUCAUAUAGGGGACAUUGACUUUAGUAAACAGUGUCAUGAUAUUUAUCACAUUACUGUUGCCAUAUAUCCUUUUCAUUAACUGAGCCCCACCAUAUACUUUCCCAUCUGCCUUGAAUUGUUUGUUAGAGGAAAAUAAUUCAGACAGGCAAAACUAUUUGGUGUUGAUUUGGUGAAACUGUAUUCAUGACGUGAGUUGAAUUGAUGCUUAAUAAAAGCAACCAAAAUACUCUACGAAA